GCUUCAGGAGCCAGAAGCAAGUGGCAGGCUGCCCUGAACAGGAGCGUGGGCUACUCAGGGAAGUGGUGUCUUAAGGCAUCCUGGCCUCCCUGCAGAGGAAGAUUCAGCUCCAAAAAGGACAUCCACAAGGGCUCUGAACCACAGGUGUUCUGCAGAGCCUCAGGUGCAGGGGAGCACCCCCUUUCCCUCUCCUGUCUCAGCCCCACUCUAGGCUCCUGAUCCGCGUGGCUCAGAUCCCUGUACCAGCCCCAGCACCUACAGUCCUGCCAUUGGCCUGCUGCUAUUCGCACCCCACGGUCGAGAUCUUGGAAGCCCUCCACCAGUCGCCAGCACCAGUGCCAAGCAAUCACUUCCCGGCGAUGGCUCUGAAACGCAUUCACAAGGAGCUCCUUGACCUGGCCCGUGAUCCCCCUGCCCAGUGUUCAGCAGGACCAGUGGGAGAUGACAUGUUCCGUUGGCAAGCUGCCAUCAUGGGGCCCAACGACAGUCCCUACCAGGGAGGGGUCUUUUUCCUGUCCAUACAGUUUCCAUCUGAUUAUCCCUUCAAACCACCCAGGAUCACGUUCAUCACCCGAAUUUACCACCCUAAUAUCAACAGAAGCGGAAACAUUUGUCUAGACAUCCUUAGAUCUGAGUGGUCACCAGCGCUGACAAUCUCUAAAGUGCUGUUGUCUAUCUGCUCUAUGUUGUGCGACCCUAAUCCGGAUGAUCCUUUGGUUCCUGAAAUUGCUAAGAUCUAUCUAAAGGACAGGAGAAAGUAUGACAGAGUCGCUCAAGAGUGGACCGAAAAAUAUGCCAUGUGAAUUACAAAUAUAAUGCCAAUGCCAAAGUAAUAAAUCCAAAAUUGGCAAUUCAAUUAA